AUGCAGUAUCUGUUCCCACAACUGGCGGAGCAGGGCGUCGAUCUUUAUCUGAAGCUGGAGAACAUGCAGAACACGGGAUCGUUCGAACUCAGGGGGGUCGUCAAUCAAAUCGCCAAAAUCAAAUCAAGAAUGAGCAAUCAGAAUCAUAGGACAAAAUUUGUGACCAACUCAGCUGUGAAUUUCGGAAAAGCUUUUGGUUACGUUCUGCAACAGCGGAGCUUGUUGGGAGUCUGCAUCAUGCCAGAUUCGUCUUCGCAAAGCAAAAUGGAGAGGAUCAAAUGCCAUGGCGUGAAGGUUGAGCUCUGCCCUGCGACUGAGAUCCAGUCGAGAGUGGACAGGUACGUAGCAGAGAACGAAUACCAUUAUUGUGACUCAAAUGACGAUCGGGAUUUGAUGGCAGGUUAUUCUAGCAUUGGUCUCGAAAUCUUGGAAGCUCUUCCCGAAUUUGACAUCCUGUUGAUUUGCUGCGAAGGAGGGGGGCUGCCUGCUGGAGUUUCGGCCGCCAUUCGCUCGAAGCUAAAACGAACCUGCUGCCAAAUCUAUGCAAUCGAGUCUGAAAGCUCCCCAACCAUGUUUGAAAAAAUUCUAAAUGCCACGAAGAAACUGUUUGAUGUCGGUUUGAUUGUGGAACCAUCCGGGUCUGCUGCCAUGGCCGCGUUGCUAAGCAACAAGAUCCCGGAUGUGAAAUUUAAGAAAGUGGUAGUGAUUGUAUCAGGUGGGAAUAUUACCCCGGAUGAAUUAAAAGAAUUAAUAUAG